AUCUACUUCCGGGUGUCCGUCCGAGACUGCAUAAUGGUGGACGAAGCGCAGAACCGGGGAAGAGAAGUCGAAGAUGCUAUUCAUGAACUCCAUGUUUUGUAUAUGAGGUAUUUCUCACUGGAAGAUCCUUUCCGAAACGCACUGGGGUGCGCCGCAGAACGGCAGCAACUUCUGGAACGGAUGGGCACUGUUGUCGAUGAAAUACUGAAUGCAAAGGAACGACCAAGCUGGCUGCAUCCGGCCAUGUUCCCAGGGCCACUUGUUUCUGCAUUCUGUUCCCUACCACCAAAUCCGAACAAAAAGGACGUACUAUUACCACUGACUCCUGAUCCACGCGAUGUAUAUUGGUCGAAGUUCAGUAUCUGCAAUCAUUCCCGACCACUGGAGAGCCAGCCUCUCGUGAUGUCCGUACGUUACUAUCCACCAUCGCCACGCAAGGCCCCCGUAUCAAGCGGUUAUUCGAUUACUUCUGAGGACAGCCGCUCCGAAUCCAGCAUUAGUAUUCACUCGCAGUGCUCAUCAAUGACAGCUCCCUCAAAAAGCGCAAUUCCUCGCCUCGGCGCUUUAUCAGAUAACAGAUUCCGUGAUAGGUGGGUGUUUUACAGCUCACUGCUGUUAAGUAGUGUACCUCACAAAGAGAGAGGGAAUAGAAGGGAAAGGGCGUAA